UUCGCGGCGGCUGCUGCAGCUCCGACUGCAUCUUCCUCCUCCUCCUUCCCCCGGGCUCCGGGCGUGUGUGUGUAAGCCGCGAUCGGAGAUGGAUGUCUCUCUUUGCCCAGCCAAGUGUAGUUUCUGGCGGAUUUUCUUGCUGGGAAGCGUCUGGCUGGACUAUGUGGGCUCCGUGCUGGCUUGCCCUGCAAAUUGUGUCUGCAGCAAGACUGAGAUCAAUUGCCGGCGGCCGGACGAUGGGAACCUCUUCCCCCUUCUGGAAGGGCAGGAUUCAGGGAACAGCAAUGGGAACGCCAGCAUCAACAUCACAGACAUCUCAAGGAAUAUCACUUCCAUACACAUAGAGAACUGGCGAGGUCUGCACACACUGAAUGCCGUGGACAUGGAGCUCUACACAGGCCUCCAAAAGCUGACCAUCAAGAACUCAGGACUUCGGAGCAUCCAGCCCAGAGCCUUUGCCAAGAACCCCCACUUGCGCUAUAUAAACCUGUCGAGUAACCGGCUCACCACACUCUCAUGGCAGCUUUUCCAGAGGCUGAGUCUUCGGGAAUUGAGAUUGGAGCAGAACUUCUUCAACUGCAGCUGUGACAUCCGCUGGAUGCAACUGUGGCAGGAGCAGGGGGAAGCCAAGCUCAACAGCCAGCACCUCUACUGUAUCAAUGCCGACGGCUCCCAACUGCCCCUGUUCCGCAUGAAUAUCAGCCAGUGUGACCUUCCUGAGAUCAGUGUGAGCCACGUGAACCUGACCGUUCGAGAGGGUGACAACGCUGUCAUCACGUGCAAUGGCUCUGGAUCACCUUUGCCCGAUGUAGACUGGAUAGUCACUGGACUGCAGUCCAUCAACACCCACCAGACAAAUCUGAACUGGACCAACGUACACGCCAUCAACCUGACCCUGGUCAAUGUGACAAGCGAGGACAACGGCUUCACCCUGACGUGCAUUGCGGAGAACGUGGUGGGCAUGAGCAAUGCCAGUGUGGCCCUCACCGUGCACUACCCUCCGCGCGUGGUGAGCCUGGAGGAGCCGGAGCUGCGCCUGGAGCACUGCAUCGAGUUCGUAGUGCGUGGCAACCCGCCGCCCACGCUGCACUGGCUGCACAACGGACAGCCGCUGCGGGAGUCCAAGAUCACCCACGUGGAGUACUACCAGGAGGGCGAGCUGUCCGAGGGCUGCCUGCUCUUCAACAAGCCCACCCACUACAACAACGGCAACUAUACGCUCAUUGCCAAAAACCCGCUGGGCACAGCCAACCAGACCAUCAAUGGCCACUUCCUCAAGGAGCCCUUCCCGGUUUAUGACGUGAGCCCCACGCCCAUCACUGUGACCCACAAACCGGAGGAAGACACUUUUGGGGUGUCCAUAGCGGUGGGACUUGCUGCUUUUGCCUGCGUCCUGUUGGUGGUUCUCUUUAUCAUGAUCAACAAGUAUGGUCGACGGUCCAAGUUUGGAAUGAAGGGGCCCGUGGCUGUCAUCAGUGGCGAAGAGGACUCAGCCAGCCCGCUGCACCACAUCAACCAUGGCAUCACCACGCCCUCAUCGUUGGACGCCGGGCCGGACACGGUGGUCAUCGGCAUGACCCGCAUCCCGGUCAUUGAGAACCCCCAGUACUUCCGUCAGGGACACAACUGCCACAAGCCAGACACGUAUGUGCAGCACAUUAAGAGGAGGGACAUCGUCCUGAAGCGGGAACUGGGCGAGGGAGCCUUUGGGAAGGUCUUCCUGGCCGAGUGCUACAACCUCAGCCCGACCAAGGACAAGAUGCUCGUGGCCGUGAAGGCCCUGAAGGAUCCCACCCUGGCUGCCCGGAAGGAUUUCCAGAGGGAGGCUGAGCUGCUCACUAACCUGCAGCACGAGCACAUUGUCAAGUUCUAUGGGGUGUGUGGUGAUGGGGACCCGCUCAUCAUGGUCUUUGAGUACAUGAAGCAUGGAGACCUGAACAAGUUCCUCAGGGCCCAUGGGCCAGAUGCUAUGAUCCUUGUAGAUGGGCAGCCACGCCAGGCGAAAGGCGAGUUGGGGCUCUCCCAAAUGCUCCACAUCGCCAGUCAGAUCGCCUCAGGCAUGGUGUACCUGGCCUCCCAGCACUUCGUACACCGGGACCUGGCCACCAGGAACUGCCUGGUGGGAGCCAAUCUGCUGGUGAAGAUCGGGGACUUCGGCAUGUCCAGAGAUGUCUACAGCACUGAUUACUACAGGGUGGGAGGACACACCAUGCUCCCCAUCCGUUGGAUGCCCCCUGAAAGCAUCAUGUACCGGAAGUUCACUACGGAGAGCGACGUGUGGAGCUUUGGAGUGAUCCUUUGGGAGAUCUUCACCUAUGGAAAGCAACCGUGGUUCCAGCUCUCAAACACAGAGGUCAUCGAGUGCAUCACUCAAGGUCGUGUGCUGGAGCGGCCCCGGGUCUGCCCCAAAGAGGUGUACGAUGUCAUGCUAGGGUGCUGGCAGAGGGAGCCCCAGCAGCGGCUGAACAUCAAGGAGAUCUACAAAGUCCUCCACGCUUUGGGGAAAGCUGCCCCCAUCUACCUGGACAUCCUCGGCUAGCGGCGGCUGGUGGUCAUGGACGCAUACUCUGUGGCUUCCCUCUCCCGGCCUCACAUCGCCCCUUGUCCACCUCACACUCCUUUCUUCCAUCCUGACUGAAGCGAACAUCUUCAUAUAAACUCAAGUGCCUGCUACACAUACAACACUGAAAAAAAAAAGUGAAAGAAAAAACCCUGUAAGGCAGUUUGGCGAAUAUAUAUAUAUAUUUAUAUAUCUAACUAUCUAUCUAUCUAUAUCCACAGAGAGAUACCUUCUCUAAUACAGAGAGAAACUGCUGAUACAGAAACCAUAAGACUAUAACAACAACUCAGAAAAUCUUAAAUCUUAUGAACACAAAUGGAAGUUCCCUUUGACUGAAGCUGGGGCCCGUGGUUCUCCGGCUCCGGCUUUUCGGAGCCGAAGACCCUGAUGACGCAGAGACGGUCUUUACGCCGGGACGGGAGGAGAUGGGGUGCAGUGCGAAUCAGCGCCUGCACAGGUGCGCUACCCUCCCCCACCCCCGAGGUCUGCACAGGUGCGGGGGCUGACCUCGUCCACUGCACUCAGGAGGCAGCAGGAAGUAACACCGGCCCCGGGGGCCUCUGGAAUGCCUCACGUCUCCACUGACUAUUGCUCCAUGCCUUCCCCCUUUCCUCCACUUUAAGGCAAUUCUCCAAUUUGUCCGUUCUAGAAAGUAGAGUCCUGAUGCUUUUGGAAGUCAACGAGGGCGUCUACCACUAAACACUGGAAAAAGGACGUGACCCAAAACCAUGGUGACAAUGGACCACAUCCGCCUUGGGUGUAAACCAUGCUCAAGUUCCUUCCUCAGCUGGAAAGAGGUGUGCCAUCUAUUCUCGGAACAUCAAGAACUGGACGUUCUGGACUUAACCACAGAAGAAAAAGCUGAAAUUUGAA